AUGGAAACUCAUUCGCACGACCAUUAUUAUCGACAAGAAGACGAAAUUCUACAAGGUAAUCGAUUUUUCUCACUAAUUUUUCGCUUCUACUAACAAAAAAUGCUACAAUUUUUGGUUGAAUCAAUAAAAAACCAUGAAUAAUUCUUUCCUCGUUUUCUUUUCCUUUUUCCCCCAAUUCGGUCCUUUUUUAUGUUUAUUCUAUGUUCACAUGCACCAAAAAAUGAUUUUUUACGAGAAAAAAUUGAUUUUUUUUGUUUGCAGAAAAAAUCCUCGCAAGAGAUCAGGGAAUCGUUGAGAUCGAUUACAACGAAAAAGUUUCGCCGAAACGAGUUCCGGCGGAAAAUCAGAGAUUCGCGCAGCCAUUGCCUUCACCGUUGAGUUCGCCAAGUAAACAGCCGGGAAAUUGUGAGUUUUUGACAAAAAAAUAUCGAAUUUUGGUGUAAUUUCAUGAGAAAAACACGUAAUUUUCAAAAAUCGAUAUUCAUCUCAAAGUUGACCAAAAUCCUCGAUCAAAAAAUUAUUUUCUGGCUGAAAAUUUGAAUUUUUCAAUGAAAUUCGAAUGUAAAUAGCUCGAAAAAAAUUUUGAAACGCAAAUUUUUGUCGACCUAAAGAAAUUCGAAAUUUAUUGAAAAAUUCAAGUUUUCAGCUAUCUACAAAAUAAUUUUUUAAUCGAGAAUUUUCGUCAUUUUUGAGAUAAAUAUUGUUUGAGAUAAAUAUCGAUUUUCUGAAACUCAAGAAAUAAAAAUUUGAAAUUUUAAAAUUAAAAAUAUAAUUUUUAUGAAAAACUUCAAUAAUCUUUUGAAAAAUUCAUGUUUUUGAAGUUACCGGAACUCAUAAUUACCAAAAAUCUCCGGGUUCCCCAAAAAAAAAUUCCGACUUUGAUGACGUGUUUUCUCUUCAUUCAUUCAUUCAUUCAUCAAACAACCAUUGACUCAUAAAUUUUUUGCGGGAACUCAAUCAAUUUUUUUUCUUUUUUUAGCAUUGCUCAUAUUAGAGUCAUCUAGAGAAAAAACCAAUUUUUUUGCAGCAAUGCCAUCUUCAGCCAGAAAAUCACCAUCUCGCGGUUCUUCAACCUCAUCAGAGGAAAAUAUCGGAACUCGAGCGGUUACAGUUUCAGUUCUUCGAGAUACCGGCUCAAAAGUUGAGAUUGUUUUAAAGGCACAUGGAUUGAAAAAGAAGAAGGGACUUCUUAAUUCAUUUGUCACGGUGUUCAAGAAGGUUUGCACUGGACAAUCUAAGCAGUAACAAAAAAUCAACCAAUUUUUCCAGCCAAAUCAACCGUCUCGUCUAUUAUCAAAUGGAAAAUUCACCGAAUUCACGUUGAAAGAAAACUCGCUUAGAUUCUCAUUGGAUGUUGUAACUGAUAAGAAAAAGAAGAAAGGUUCGCCCGAAAAAAAACACAAAUUGAAAACGGAAAAAUUUUUGCAGGAAAUGGUAAUCGUGUUGAUACAUUUGUUUGUGAAGUUAAACGAUUUCCGACCGAAGUUAAUCCGGAUAGUGCAGAGUUUGAGGUAUGGGAUUUUUGAAAAUCAGGGAAAAAUUUAUGAAAUUGUUUUUCGGAUACAAAGAGGCUUUCAGAAAAUCGGAGAACUUCAAAUCAUUUUUUUGCAAACGGCUGAAAAUUUCCAAAAAUUGGACCUGUUCCAAUUUUCACUUUAAAGGGUUGGUGCUCCGCCAGAGAAUCUUGCUUGGUUUAGAUAGGAAUAAGGUGCACCUGGAAGGUUCCAGUUUUAGAAAAAUUCUAGUAUCAAUUCAGCCCAUGUUUUUCCUCAAAAACACAAGCGAGUUAAAACCUACGAAAUAAAGCAUGUAAAUGCGCCCUAGCGCACAACUUGUUUUUGAAUUUUCGUGUGUGUGUUUGCACACAAUUUUGAAAAUAACACGGUGACGCCUUUUUGCGGACGAUUUUUUUACCAGGAAAACACCAACCCUUUAACGUAAAAUGAAAUUUCUAUUGUUUUCGAAUAGUUUUGACACGCUGAUCAUGAUUCUGUUGUCUGAAAUUGCAGAACUCAACUUCUAAUAUGAGUUAUGACGUGGCAAAUUUCGAAAAAUCGAGAUUUUAGGGGCUGAAAGCUAGCUUCAAAAAUGCUUAUCAUUGUUGAAGUUAAUUUUCAGCCCCUAAAAUCUCGAUUUUUCGAACUUUGCCACGUCAUAACUCAUAUUAGAAGUUGAGUUCUGCAAUUUCAGACAACAGAAUCAUGAUCAGCGGGUCAAAACUACUCGAAAACAAUAGAAAUUUCAGAUUGAAAAUUGGAACAGGUCCAAUUUUUGGAAAUUUCUCCAAAAAAUUGCGAAAUUCACCGAAAUUACUCAUCUUUUCAGUAAACAAUAACUCAUUUACAAUUCAAAAAUCAAUAUUUUCUAGGUUCUCGAACCAGCCAGCGGUGAAGCUUUCAUUCUCCUAACUCUCAUCAAACUCGGAAACCUAUCUGUGAAUUGGAAAGAAUUCCUUGAUCAAAAUGGAACUAUCGAUGUGACGUGUAUUUAA